GAGCAGAACAGUACGAACCAGCAACGUGGCAAGAAGUCCGCCUGUUGCAACAAUUUCAAUUUGUAUCGCUUACAAUGUCUUUCAUCACGCGGGAAUACAAGUUCGAGACCAGCUCGACGAUGCAGCGAAAAUCAGAUCAGCAUACAAUGGCUAUGCUUAGCCUCAAGAAACUUGUCAAACCACUGCUGAGGUUGAUCAAGAAGAAGCAGCUCAUACGCAAAACCCUCGCCGAAGUGCAAUCGCAGAACGAGAUCAACUCAUCGUUGGAGGACAUGCGCAAAGACUCGGUUGCCAGCUGUGACAACAUGGCAAAUGAGCUACUGGAGCAGCGUCUCUUCAACGAUCUGCGCGAAUGCCCCAACAAUGCGGCCAUUAUCGUCCAGCAAGAUGAGCAUCAAAGCGUUGUGCCUGUGCAACCCGAUCAGACUUUCAUACCGGUGCACUUUGCGCGCACGACCAGUGGCACCUUCUUCUGGACCUCCGCCGAUGGGACAUGCCUGCAGCAGCAGGAGCAGCAAAUGCGCGAGAGAUUCGACCGUUGGGUUCAGGCUUAACCCGCUCGCCGAGCCGCCAACAUUGAUGUCAGCUUUAAGACCAAGUGUCACCUGCUCCAGUCAAGUGCUGGGUACAGUGAUCCACUUGGCACCGACCGCAAUCUCAGGGUGAUAUUAGCAUAGAUUGUGUGCUUGUGCACACAAUCAUUUAACUCUACGAGCAUAUUUGUAAAUUAUUGUGAUUUUAUGUUAGGGUAUCUUUAGUUUUUAUAAGAAAAUCAUUGUCUUCCAUGUUUGUUUGUUA